AUGUCCUCUGAAGGAUUUCGUUUCUCCUUUGCGGAUAAUGAGACGGAGGAAGUAGUACCAGGUAAUACCGAUAUUUCCAUCUCGAUGGAAACAGAAACUGCGUUAUUACCAUUAUGGAAAUUUCCUGCUUUUACAUUAUCGGAUCACCUUUUAGCAGAGUGGGCGGCGCAAUAUCCAAAUAAUCCAAAUCACCGAAUGGAACUUGUUUCGGAUGGAGUAGUAAACUUUCCACCAUUACUCUAUCAACGUGCCCCUCAUGUUUCUCAACUAACCGCUGGAAAUGGUCAAGAAGAACGGGAUAUCGUACCAGGUCGAUAUUAUGGGGGUUUAAAGGUAUGGUCAUGUGCUCCCUACCUUGUGGAGUAUAUAUUUGCUAAUCGUGAGAUAUUUCAAAAACUUUUCUUAACAGAUGAUAAACUUUGUAAUAGCGCAUCAGAGGAACAGAAUGGUGAAAAUGCUUUGGGUGAAUCUAUUGUUGCGGAAGUUGGUUGUGGACAAGGUCUUCCUGGUAUUGCUGCACUUCUUUUGGGAGCUCGACGAGUAGUUUUUCAAGAUUAUAAUGAGGAAGUACUUGAGCUUUGUGUAAAGCCGAAUAUAGGUGUGAAUUUGUUGCGUCAUACAUCAGGAUUGGAAUUGUGUAAGAAGCAUUCAUUACCACUACCUAUUAUGGUGCAUAUGGUAUCUGGUGAUUGGAAUUCUCUACAGUGGGAGAACUGCGUUAAUAAUAAUAAUAAUAAUAAUAAUAAUAAUAAUAGAGAAGGGAACACACAUGAAUAUCGCUGUAAAGUGGUACUAGGGAGUGAUGUCACCUUUGAUGAAGAGGCGUGUGAGAAACUUGCCGCAAUGUUAAAACGUUGCCUCUCUCCUGAAAAUGGAGUAGCAUAUAUUGCGAGUAAACAGUAUUAUUUUGGUACAAAUGGUGGGGUACUUGAGUUUCAGAGACGUGCUGAAGCUCAUGGACUUGAGGUGACUGAAGUUAGUCGUAAAGAAACUGUUGGAGAAAUGCAACGAUCCAUUGUGCAAGUGAGGAAACGAUGUUAA